CAACCGUGCACAUUCAAGAAAAUAUGAAGAUUAACGCAAGCUCCAAGAUGGCUACCCCGAUAGAAGAGAAAGUCGAUCAGAAUUUAAAGACCCGAACUGGUAUGGUAUUGAUAAGCGAUGGCAAAAGUAAGCCGGAACUGGUCCGAAUACAUCUCUCCAUGGAAAUGAUGACCAUUCAGAAGCAGGACACGUCGACACCGGCACCCACACCGACCAGUAUUAGUCAUCCUCCAAUAGAGUCUAAGGAACGUAUGGUACAAAUCACCCGGCAAAAAGUCGGCGGUCUAGGCUUAAGCAUAAAAGGUGGAGCCGAGCACAAACUACCAAUACUGAUAUCCAGGAUUUACAAGGACCAAGCAGCGGAUGCAACCGGGCAGCUGUUCGUAGGUGAUGCUAUUAUCAAGGUCAAUGGCGAGUACAUCACCGCUUGCCCGCACGAUGAUGCCGUCAAUAUCCUCCGAAACGCAGGUGACAUCGUAGUCCUUACAGUGAAGCACUAUCGAGCGGCAACACCUUUCCUACAAAAGCAAUUGAGUCGAGAAACACCGGAAUCCGAUAACGACGCAACCUGUGCCGAACUGAAGGCGGACGAAGUCUGGAAAUCGGCAAACAAUAGCAGACCGGUUUCCAUCAGCUCAGAGCCGGAAAAUCGAUGGACUGAUUUAGUGUCGGUCCCCCUCAUGAUGGCCUACGUGACUCGCUACAUCUACGGCACGGACAAGCUGCGACCGAACGCAUUCGAGGUGCGAGGCUUGAAUGGAACAACGACCGGAAUCAUCCAUUGUGACGAGCUGGCCAUCCUGAGUCAGUGGCUUAAAUACAUCACCGACAACAUUGUCGGGCUGACCAGCCUGCAGAUGAAACUGUACAACCGCAACUUUCCGGUCGGCGAACGAAUCGAGUACAUGGGCUGGAUCAACGAGGGGGUCAUCAGCAAUCACAUUUCGUGGCAAAGCUACAAACCUCGCUUUCUGGUGCUAAAGGGCACCGAGGUGAUGCUGUUCGAUGCUCCCCCGCUGAAUGUGGCCGGUCUGCAGAAGGCAACCGUGGCGUACAAAGUGUACCAGACCAUGUUCCGAGUGGUGAAAGAGUCCGAAACGGUGGACUCGCGGCAGCACUGCUUCCUGCUGCAGAGCUCGGGUCACGAACCGCGCUAUCUAAGCGUGGAAACGCGCCAGGAGCUGCUGCGGAUCGAAAACAGCUGGAAUGCCGCCAUUGUCACCAGUGUAAUCAAGCUAGGGCGCAAAACCUUCGCCGUAUCGCACCACGGUAAGACCGGCGGCCUAACGCUCGAUUGGCAGGUCGGUUUCUCGCUAACGGAAGGUGCCGACGCCAGCGUGAUUUGGCAGUACAAGUUCUCCCAGCUGCGGGGAUCCAGUGAUGAUGGAAAAUCCAAGCUUAAACUACACUUCCAGGAUCACGAAACGCGCUCCAUCGAAACGAAGGAGCUCGAAUGUCAAGUUCUACAAAGUUUGCUAUUUUGCAUGCAUGCGUUUUUAACGGCUAAAGUUGCUUCGGUAGAUCCGGCCUUUUUGAGUUCGAUACAGCAGGCAUGA